CCACCCUCCCCCUCCGCCUGUAUAGUUGUAUACACUUCACUCUCCUCGACAAACUCCUCACCUUCCUUCUACUCCAUCUCUCAUCAUGCGCACCUUCGCCAAUGCUCUCCUGGGCUUUGCCCUUCUCGCCAUACAGGUCCGCGCCGACUACGCCUUUGUCCAGUGUGCCGGCCCCCUCCUCGUAACCAACCUCCUCACUGGUCUCGUCAACGUCGUCACCACCGCUUUGUCUCCCGCCAACUCGGUGACUGGAUGCCCCACAUACUGCCAGGGAACUGCAGGAACAACCUACUCGAUUUGGCAGCCGGGCAUCGUUGGUCUCCUCUCAAACUGCUACUGCACCAACUUGCAGCCCACCGCUUUUUACACUACCGCUGGAACGAACGCCAACGGAGUCUGCGGCAUUGCUACCUACACCAUCAACUAUCUCGACGCACCCGCCGACCUUCUCGACUUCACGGGCUGCACCACCGGCAGUGUUCCCGGACUUGGCUCGCCCGCAGCAUUCCAGACCACUGACGCCGACUCUUGCUUCGUCGCCUGCCAGUCGUACAAGUAUCUCAUCAUGACUCCGAACCUCGUCGGCACCCAGUUUACCUGUCAAUGCGCCAGCUUCCUCACCCCCGGCACCUCUGCCACCUGCAACCGUAAUGUUCAGAACAUUUACAACAAUCCCAACAUUGCUGCCUCCGGUGAAGCCGCCCGCAAGCGGCGCCAGCUCGCCAUGCAGAAGCGUCUUGCCGAGAACAACUCUCCCUGUCUCCGUGGCUCUGAUGCGUGUCUCCUCCCCGGCUCGGCCCACGCUUGGGAAUGCUCCGACACGAGCACUGACCUCGAGAACUGCGGAGGGUGCCUCUCUGGCUACUACGACCAGCCGCACCGCAAUGCUACCGGUGUCGACUGCACUGUCGGAGCUGCCAUCGGAGGUGCCUCCUGCUCCAAGGGCGUCUGCAAGCAGUGGCGGUGCGCCCGCGGGUGGGUUCUUGAGGGCGAGCGAUGCGUGCGCAAGUUUGGCACCAACGAGGAGCGUCGUCGUCGCUAGACUUGGUUGAGGACAAAGUAUUCUCAUAGAUACCCAGCACAGCAUUGGACAUUGAGCAGUCUGUUUCGGUAUUUGGUUCAUGGAAACAUGCACAUAUAAUGCGCA